AUGGGUUCCAUCUCCAGCGAAACAUCUGCCCUGCGCAACAACCCUCCUGCCAUCUUCUUCACCGACUUCGAUGGCACCAUCACCACCGCCGAUUCGAACGACUUCAUGACCGACAACCUCGGUUUUGGCAAGGAGAGGCGCGUCGGCCUGAACAAGGAUGUUCUCUACGGCCGCAUGGCAUUCCGCGACUCGUUCCAGGAAAUGCUCGACUCCGUCGACACCCCGUACAACGAGUGCAAGGAGAUCCUGAAGAAGAACAUCAAGCUCGAUCCCGGCUUCAAGGACUUCUACGCCUGGAGUCGCGAGAACAAUGUGCCAAUCGUCAUUCUGUCGGGUGGCAUGACGCCCAUCAUCAGCAUGUUGCUGGACAAUCUGCUGGGCGAGGGCUGGGACAUUCAGAUCGUCAGCAACGACGUCCAGUCGCGGGACGGCAAGGACAUCAACACAAAGGGCGGAUGGUCCAUCAAGUUUCACGACGACACUGAUUUUGGCCACGACAAGAGCCUGGAGAUCAGGAAGUACUCGGGUCUCGAAGGGCGGCCGACAAUGUUCUACGCUGGUGAUGGUGUCUCGGAUCUUUCUGCCGCCAAGGAGACAGAUCUGCUCUUUGCCAAGGCUGACAAGGAUCUGGUGACAUGGUGCGAGAACGAAAAGGUCCCCUUUGUGACCUUCAGAGACUGGACCAGCAUCACGCAAACGUGCAAGGAGAUCCUAGAUGGGACAUUGGCCGUCAAGGAUGCCGCCAAAGGCCGCCUGGAGUAG